AUGGUAAUGACAAAUAAUCUGAUAAUGAAUGGCUUUUAUGAUGCAAGAUCACCAAUUAUGACUGAUAAAUCUUUAUCCUCCCCAGGUUUACCUGACAAAGAGGAGCAUGAAAUGAGACAUGGUGAGAUUAAUAAUGACGAAGAUGAAGGUACUGGAACCAACUAGAAUAAAAACAAUCUAAGCAUAGACUAUUUUCCUGAGGCAGGGAUGAAUCAAUUUGAUUCUAAAAACUCCAUCAGAAGAAUGCGCACAGAUGCCGAGUCUAAAGAGUUUACCCCUACCCUUGAUGAUGAACAUCAUCUUAGAGUUGUAGAUAAAUAGAGUAUAGUAACCUUCAGUCAGCAGAGUGAGAGAAGUUUGCGGAAAAAGCAACGAUCUAACCUCGGAUCAGCCAACUAACACUCUAAAUAAAGCCUGAUGCCCACUAGGGAGACUCCUCCUUUAGCUCCUAAGAAAAAAGCUAAGAAAAAAGUUACUUUCAGAGACAAAGUCUUCAAAGGCAGUUAAAUCGCUGAUACUUAUAUCGUAGAGAAAAUUAAAUACCCCUCAAGACAUGAAGUAGAAGAGGAAUCUGGAAGUGUAUCAUGCGUUUGUAACAUAUUCUGA